CAUAUAUGUUAAUGUGUCAUCAUGUAAGAGGUAAAAACUGCUGCUCUCUAUCUCAUCCGUGCUUAGCAACAGCAUGAGUAGACUCUGUAUUGGUCACUAUCCAGUGAUGAAAGCCCUGCAGUUCGUUACAACUCCUGUCAGUCGAGCAGAAAACGAAGCAAGGCAUGCUUCCCGACUACAGGAGAAAACAAGGGCACUAGGGUGGAUAAUUGCCCAACCAUGAGGAUGCUGCGCGCGGAUGCACCAUGUUCGGAGACGCUUAAAUUACGAUGCACACUUUUAUUUACCUUCAUCCGCGCGCGCUCGGACUAAUUCGAUUUUAAUAGCAUAAAGCAAGACUAGAAUGCAGAGCUGAUACCAAACAUGUAUUCUGCUAUUUAAUAUUAUUAUAUGUCUUAAUGCAACAGAUUAGAGAUAUUAUAAUUGCUUUGUUUUUGAUUUGCGACAUCAUAACCCGUCCUUCAAAUAUUGGUGCAUCCUAAAAUCUAGCGCGGUUACGAAACCGAUUCGUCUACUAGGCAUUGAUCCAGGUAAACAAGCACCAUGUUGACCAGCAUCACCGAGAGCAUCUUCUGCUGUCUGAUGGGAAAGACCAAUGGCGUCGUUCUGCCGGUUGAGUCAUCUGAUGGGAAACCGGCUAACGGAUUCGAGUUUGUGGAGGUAAAGCCAGGUCGGGUGCUACGCGUGCGCCACAUCCUCCCAGAACGCCCCGCGACUACCGAAUCGCAACCAGAACCGGGCAACACAGUCCACUGCAAACGCAAGAUCACAGUGUACCGCAACGGGCAACUCGUAAUCGAGAACCUGGGCGACGUUCUCCACUCCGAGAUCUUGCAGUGCCAGAACGGCGACGUGGAACCGUGCAGCAUGGUAGAGGUGGAGCUGUCCGACUACACCACUGCACCGUCAUCACCUGAUCCCAGACCUGCUCCACCUCUUCCCACCUCGGAUCAGCAGAAACCUGCUCCUCCACCCAGGCGUCGGCGACGGAAACCGAAGCGCACUGUAGUAAUCGAUACGGAGCGCUGCAUCAGCAGCUGUAAGGGGACGCACUCAGAUGUGGCACUGUUUUUCAUCCACGGUGUUGGCGGUUCGCUCGAUAUCUGGGGCAGUCAGCUUGAUUUCUUCUCACGGUUGGGUUACGAAGUCAUCGCCCCUGAUUUGGCAGGGCAUGGAGCUAGUAUCGCCCCUCAGAUAGCGGCGGCUUAUACUUUCUAUGCCCUAGCAGAGGAUCUGCGUGCCAUAUUUAAGAGAUAUGCAAGAAAAAGGAACAUCCUUAUUGGUCACUCCUAUGGGGUGUCGUUCUGUACGUUCCUGGCUCACGAGUAUCCGGAACAGGUGCAUAAGGUGGUGAUGAUAAAUGGAGGAGGCCCCACGGCGCUGGAACCCAGUUUGUGCUCCAUCUUCCAGCUACCCUCCUGCGUCCUACACUGUCUGACUCCGUGCCUGGCCUGGAGCUUCCUCAAUGCUGGUUUCGCGCGACAGGGUGCUAAAGAGAAGCAGCUCCUGAAGGAAGGAAACGCGUUUAACGUGUCUCCGUUCGUGUUGCGAGCGAUGAUGAGCGGGCAAUAUUGGCCGGAGGGCGAUGAAGUUUAUCAUGCAGAGCUCACUGUACCCAUACUUCUAGUGCACGGCAUGUACGACAAGUUUGUGCCCAUCGAUGAAGAUCAGCGAAUGGCAGAGAUCCUCUUGUUUGCAUUCCUGAAAGUGAUCGAGGAAGGCAGUCACAUGGUCAUGAUGGAAUGCCCCGAGACCGUCAACACACUCCUGCACGAGUUUUUCCUCUGGGAACCUGACACUUCCAAAAAGGACACGAUUUCCAAAGUAACAGCCGACCAGAUGACAACCGACAACACCGCGCCUGUCCUGACACUCUGUGUCGCCAAUGGCAGAAGCACAGGGACACCCAAGGUCAACAAGCCCCUCAACAAGUAACCUACGAUUGACGUGUUUGGGGUAAACCAAUCAGAAGGCUGUUAAUGGCUGGUGCUGCAAAUGGUGAAAGCAUUGUCACCUUGGCCAGAAGGCCUGAACGUGUGUCACGUAAGAGGGCGAGAACGUUUCAAGUGUUGAGAAUCUCUCUAAGAGAACUAGCGGAGUGGAGAAAGCAGCUGAUUUUAAACCAAUAAUGGUGGUUUAUGAUUAUCGUUAUGCCUUUGUAUCUCUCUGCUACCUUUGGACAAUAUCUUUCCUUCUUGUGCUUUCAAAACAAAAGGACUGGAUGUCCGUCCGUUCAGAGGAUGUAACCUAGUGUUCAAAAGUGCUGGAGUCUAGAAGGGACUGACUUACGAGAUAAGACAGCAAUUGAUCCAAGUCGAGAGAGUGUAUAAAGUCAAUAUGAAAAAACAUUCGUAACCCGUUUUACUUCCAUAAUUUGAUGUAAUUUCAAGUGAAAUAAGAUAUUCUGGGAAAAAAUUAGGUCGGGGCUUGAUUGAUUUUAUUCGUCGUCAGUGAUUGUAUUGCGAAAAAGUGGGCGUCAUUUACUAGAAUGGAGCCAAGUGGUUGAAGGGGAGGGGUUAAAAAUGAGUGCUUGAUGACAUCAUCCGAAAAGGAAAGUUGUUUCAGAGGCGGAGCAAGUCAUUAUGUUUCGAUAAAAGAACACGAAGACAAAACAUAGAUUUGGAAUAACGUGCACGGGUGAAUCGUUCACAGUAAGACCAGGAACAUGAAUUAAGAAAGUCAAUUUGAUUGCAUGUUGACUUAAACAAUUUUGUACAGAAUUUGUGUUCACGUCAUCACCGAGCACUAUUAUAUGUUCUGAAUAAGUCAAUACAAAUACUAAUAUUAAAUGGACACAUUUUUUUACAUGUCUUCCCUUAUUAAAAAAUAUACACCACUUGCCGUUAAAGAGGGACUGUGCUUGAAAACAGAAAAAAUAGAUGACAAACAAAUGAUAAUGUACUGUAAACACAUGCUAGCUACACAUUUUACUUGAAGCUAAUUAUUUUAACAACAGUAGAACACAUGUUACUUCACAUGGAGGACAAAAGCAGGACAAGCAAAAGACAUCAAAUAAAAUUGACCGUCGCAAUGGGAAAUUUCAUGCCAGUUGGCGCACUCUGCCAUCUCCUAGCAACCAGGAAGUAGGGCUAUGCAGUAUGAGAGUGAGCAAAAGAAAGAGCUACAAUAUUGUUGAUGGCCAUGUUAUGAUAUUGUGCUGUGUAAAAACAGGAUAUAAGCUACCAAAUACGUAGUGUAUUGCAACUACAUACUCUUAUGAUAUCUAUAGUGUAGAAUUGCAAAUGUUGAGUAACGGAUUGAACCAAAAAUGUAGAAUUGAUUUAAAUGAUAUUAUGAAUAUCUAACAGCUAGGUUGAUCAAAUCACAUGCAGUGCAAUUAGAGCAUAAUUGUGUUUGAUUAAGCUAAAUAGGACAGUCUGUCUGUCAUUUAAUGCAAAAAAUAAAUUGUGGCUUGUGCAAGCCUCUGGCUGGUUACUAUGACAACAGCCAGUCUGGUCCAUCAGAUCGUUUGGAGAUAAUUAUUACACAUGUGCAGGAAACAAAGGCAUUAUCUGCAGUCUCCUCACAUUUAUGUGAUAAAACGGUCAAACAUCCCCUUAUAAGAGCUGAUAGUUUAGACAAAUUGAAAAUCAGGCAUUCAUGUCAUUGUUAACAAAUUCUCUUUUUGACUUCCAAAAAAACAUGUUGACCGUAAUGCACUUACAAUAGAGGUCUAUGGGGUACGGAAGCCCUGAACCGCACUGAUGAAAAACAAAUUGCAUCUUAGUGCCUUCCUGAGCCUACAAAGAGAUGUCCAACAAAAACAACAACAACAACAACAACAAAAAGGUAUAACUUGUAUUUUAUUAUUAUUCUCCCUAAAUUUUGUUCACUCUAUCGUUUUCCACUCUAUCUUAAUUUUUUUUAUUCCUCACCAAAAAAUGCUAGCUAACAAUUAGCAUGUGGUACCAACCUCGGCCACCAGGUGCCACUAUCAGUAAGCAUGAAAUCUUAUGCUUACAAGGUGACAGAUGACAGCUGAUCUGAUGAUUUAUAGUUGUAUAAUACUCAAUAACAAGAAUGUUUUUUGAAUCUUAAUCAAGGAAAUAAACAAUGUUUGAGUCUAAUAAUAAAUAAAAUGUUAUAAUACAAUUAAAUUAUAAUUGUAAAAAAAUUAUCGUGUGUUCAGAAGAAAAGAAAAACAUUUCGCAAAAUAAAUAUUUGAGAGAAAAAAAAUCCUUUUUUUUUUUUUUUGACAGAUUUUUAUUUUUUUUUGGACAGGCUCAGGCACUAAGACACCUAAAAUAAAAAAAAAUCACAAUGCGGUUUGGGGCUUCCAUAAUGGGGCAUGUACUGUAUACCUGAGUGUUUUAAAGCAAAAAUGUGCAGCUUAUAUUUUCGUUAAAACGCUAUUAUAACAUAUUAUAUUGUUUUUUGAGAUGUAAAGACAAUUUACUAGAUUAUAAUUGAAAUAUUGGAUAAAACUUUGCAAAGACAAGACUAGGAACUGUAUUUUUUGGGCGGCUGUGGCUCAGUCGGUAGAGCAGGUCGGCCACUAAUCGCAGGGUUGGCGGUUCGAUUGUCGGUCCACAUGACUCCACAUGCCGAAGUGUCCUUGGGCAAGACACUGAAGCCCAAGUUUCUCCCAAUGGCAGGCUAGCGCCUUGCAUAGCAGCUCUGCCAUCAUUGGUGUGUGAGUGUGUGUGUGAAUGGGUGAAUGAGAUGCAGUGUAAAGCGCUUUGAAUAAUGUUAAGGUUAAAAAGGCGCUAUUAACAUUUAUUGUGGUGCAAUGCAUUGCCCCAUAGACUUCCAUUUCAAGUGCAUUAUGUAAACAUGAUUUUUGCUUGUUUGUACAAGUCAAAUUUGCUUACAUUAUGUGUACAGUAGAUAUGCACUGAUGUAAACCUUUGGGCAGAUAUUGAUUAAAUAAAUAUAAACAUAUUUUGCCACUUACCUUAUUUUGUCACGAGAUCACCGUUUUGCUCAGGAAUUAUGCUUUAAAAUUAUACGAUGAUGUACAAAAGCUAUUUAUUUUUUCAUUGAACAUGGAUUGGAUCUGUUGAACACAUAACCGGCCAAAUUUUUAAGAAAGCCACAAUGAAAAAUAAAUACAAGAUAAAAAAAAGAUUUAAAAAAUAUGACAUGACGAUUGAUGCGGAGGGAAAAAAACGUUUAUUUUUGCAGUUCUAAAUAACAAAACUCCCAUUUGACAAACUAUGACAUUACAGACUCAUAUUAGACAUUCAGCAUACUUUUUCAGAUUUCAUUUAUUUGGUUAGGUAUUGCUGAAAUAUUAUUCAAAGAAAGAAAAAAUCAUAAACUAUAUACAACAAAAAAUAAAUGUCGGUGGCCGAUAUAUCGGGGCAUACAGUAACAUAUAAGCUAAUGCAUUCUGACUUUGAUCAUUUCACACCUAAUGCCCCCCCCCGUGUACAGUAUUUGUUUCCCCUUUUCAGUUUUCAGUCAUAUCAAAAGGAAGCAUCCAGUGCAAGUGGCUUCUCUCGUGUUUCAUUGGUGGUCAGUACACAUGGCUGGUGCUGACAUAUUCAUUAUCUGGCAUUUCAAAAGAAAGAAUGACAUGACAAACCGAACACCUUCAUUCAACAGGGUAUUAUGCAACGAUGCUAAACUUUUCUCUGCUGACACACGGUAGAAGUUGUACAGGCUGGGAUUAUUAUUAUUAUUAUUUUGUAUUUUUUGGAGAGAUGAGAAAACAUUCAAAUGAAAUGUAACACAAUAAUGAACAAUACUGGCCAAUACUGUUAUAAACUGCCAAAGGUUCCAUUUAUGGAUCAAGAGUGAAUAUGAGUCAUACUGAGUCAAAUGAACGAGUUUCUGAAGUGGAAUAAGUUUCUCGGUUUGAGGGAGUAAAUGUUAUUAUACAGACUGAAUGAAGAAUUCCUCUUCUUCUUCUUCUUCCUCUGGUUGUGUACUGAUGUCUGUACCCCACUGUGAACAUUGUACUUCAAUUUGUGUCAGAUGUGUGUGUGUUGCAUACAGUAUAUCUAUGGGAAAGCACUAUAUCAUGCACUGCCUGAAAAUAUGUGCAUAUGAAAUGUCUUGGAAAAGAAAUAAAAUAAAAAAAUUAUAAAUAAAUAAACACACACACACA